AGUGAGGGAGAGUGAGGGAGAGUGAAAGUGCAGAGGCAGACGUGUUGCAACAGAUGGUUUUACCAGCAGCAGCAGCUCAGCGGCAGCAGCUGCACCAGGGAAUUCUGGGACGCUGUUAGAGAGCGAGAGAGAGAGAGAGAGAGAGAGAGAGGGGGGAGGGAGGGGUGAGGAGAAGAGAGACGGCUACUUCUUCUGUGUUUUACCCACAAACCCCGUUCUGGUCUGCAGACACACACAGGACGACUGAGCUGAAGUUUGAACAGAGACACAAACAAGAGAGUGAGAGACUUCAUCAUCAUCAUCAUCAUCAUCAUCAUCAUCCUGCUGCUGCUGCUGCUGCUGCACGGGGUCAGAGGUCAGAGUGGAAAACACCUGCUGACAGUGACGAGGAGACACGACAACAGGAGCCAGAACUCCAGAAAGAGGGCGGUCCUCUCUGCCUCUGCUGUUGGCAGCCCUUGGCCAAGUGGAAAGGGAACUUGACUUGUAACCGGAGGGUUGCUGGUUCAAAAUCCCCACCCGGCCAAAAAGGGCUGGGGUACCCCUGAGCAAGGUCCAAGUUGAACAUUGUUUACUCUCCAGAGCUGCAUGAGAAGUUGAGAAUCCUCGUGUUGAGCAGUUGAGUGGUUGAAUUUUCCGGGGGGAGUCGGUGGCCAUGGCGGGCCGACUCCUCCUCCUCUUCCUGUUCGUCUCUGUGGUGCUCGGCGACGCCCACUUCCAGCGUCUGAAGCCUCGCCUCCAGAGAGACCGGCGCAACAUCCGUCCAAACAUCAUCCUGAUUCUGACGGACGACCAGGACAUGGAGCUCGGAUCGAUGCAGGCCAUGAAUAAGACUCGGCGCAUCUUGGAGGAGGGCGGGACUUCCUUCUCCAACGCCUUUGUGACCACGCCCAUGUGCUGUCCUUCACGUUCGAGCAUGCUCACGGGAAAGUACGUCCACAAUCACAACACCUACACCAACAACGAGAACUGUUCCUCGUUGUCAUGGCAACGGCAGCACGAGCCACGGACCUUUGGGGUCUACCUCAAUAACACUGGAUACAGGACAGCCUUUUUCGGGAAGUACUUGAACGAGUAUAACGGCUCGUACGUCCCGGCCGGGUGGAGAGAGUGGCUCGGUCUGGUGAAGAACAGUCGCUUCUACAAUUACACGAUGAGUCGCAACGGAGUCCGAGAGAAACACGGAGCUCAGUAUCCACAGGACUACCUGACUGACCUCAUCACAGCCGAGUCUGUCCGAUAUUUCCGCUCAUCAAAGAGAGUUUACCCUCAUCGUCCGGUUCUGAUGGUUCUGAGUCACGCGGCUCCACACGGACCUGAAGACUCGGCGCCACAGUACAGCACGGCCUUCGCCAACGCAUCACAGCACAUAACUCCCAGUUAUAAUUACGCUCCAAACACAGACAAACACUGGAUCAUGCGUUACACUGGUCCAAUGAAACCCAUUCACAUGGAGUUCACUAACAUGCUGCAGAGGAAACGACUGCAGACGCUGCUGUCGGUGGACGACAGUGUGGAGAAGCUGUACAACAUGCUGGUGGAGACAGGUGAGUUAGAAAACACCUACAUCAUCUACACGUCUGACCACGGCUACCACAUCGGACAGUUUGGCCUCGUCAAAGGAAAAUCAAUGCCUUACGAGUUUGACAUCAGAGUCCCGUUUUAUAUCAGAGGACCAAACGUGGAGCAAGGCAGCAUAAACCCUCACAUGGUUCUGAACAUUGAUCUGGCUCCUACCAUCCUGGACAUCGCUGGCCUGGAUACGCCUGCAGACAUGGACGGGAAGUCGAUUCUGUCUCUGCUGGACACGGACAAAACUGCUAACAGGUUCCAGGUGAACAGGAAGCCAAAGUUGUGGAGAGACUCAUUCCUGGUGGAGAGAGGGAAACUGCUUCACCAGCGCGUGGAGGGAAAGGAAGUGACGCAGGAGGAGAACUUCCUGCCCAAACACCAACGAGUCAAAGACCUGUGUCAGCGAGCCGAGUACCAGACGCCAUGUCAGCAGACGGGACAGAAGUGGCAGUGUGUGGAAGACGCUACGGGGAAACUGCGUCUCUUCAAGUGCAAGAACGAAGGGGGCGGGGCAAAGAGGUUCCAGAGGGGCGCUGUUCGACUUCAGCGUCCAAUCAGCAUGAAGUCUCAGCUAUACCAGCGUGACGCGGACGCCUGCGACUGCGACCUCAGCGACCUUCGACCUCUGAACCUGCGGCCGACCUCGACGAGGCCGUUCAACAGCAAACCUUUCUUCUCUAAGAAGAAGUUCAAAGCUCUCAAGAGUUACUCCAGGAAUCGUUACACUCGCUCCACGUCACUGACCAACAGUUACCCCGGAAACCACAGCCUGGUGGGCGGGGCCGACGAAUCAGAGGAUGAGUUCAGUGGGAUGGGCGGAGCUUCCAGUGUCGUGGCUCUGCCCAACUCCAUCAAAGUCACACACAGAUGUUCGAUUCUGUCUAACGCCUCAGUGAAGUGUGAGACAGGAGUUUAUCAGUCUCUGCAGGCGUGGAAGGACCACAAACUACACAUCGACCACGAGAUCGAGACCCUGCAGACAAAGAUAAAGAACCUAAGAGAGGUCAGAGGUCACCUGAAGAAGGCCCGCCCCCUGGAGUGUGACUGUAACAAGUACCUGUAUAAAUCCAAACUGAAGAACAAGCUGCGUUACCGUGGCGACAUGCAUCCCUUCAGGAAGGGCGGGGCUCGGGACAAGAAGGCGUGGCUUAUGAAGGAGCAGAAGAGGAGGAAGAAGAUGAGGAAGAUGAUAAAGAGGAUCAGGAACAACGACACGUGUUCCAUGCCCGGACUCACCUGCUUCACACACGACAACCAGCACUGGCACACUGCCCCCUUCUGGACACUGGGUUCGUUCUGCGCGUGCACCAGCGCUAACAACAACACGUACUGGUGUCUGAGGACCAUCAACGAGACGCACAACUUCCUGUUCUGUGAGUUCGCCACUGGAUUCUUGGAGUACUUUGACCUCAACACAGACCCAUACCAGCUCAUAAAUGCCGUCAGCUCAUUAGAUCGCACUUUUCUUAAUCAGCUCCAUGUCGAGCUGAUGGAGCUCAAAGGCUGCAGAGGACACAAGCAGUGUAAUCCUCGCACACGCUCACUGGAGCCUGCAGGUGGGCGGGAACAUGGCAGCUUUGACGACUACAGGGUGUUUGAGAGGAGAAAGUGGCCGAAAGUCAAGAAACCUUCAUCGUCUCGAACCCUUGGUCCGAUCUGGGAUGGCUGGAAGGGCUAAUUCUCCAUAUUGGUUGCUGUGAGACUCUGCCCACAGCAGCCUGGAGGAGCGGGGGCAUGGUCACCAGAUGCCACCACCACCACCAUCGCGGCCACUUCACCGCUCAGCCAAUCAGCUUCUGCCAUUUCUGUGACAUCACUAAGUCACCUCCUACCCUGCUGCUGCUCAGGGAGACGCUGGGACCAAACACCUCCCCCUCAGAGCUCCGCCUCCUCCUCUGAGAGGAAGUCAGCUUCAGGGGAGGAGCCUGAAGGUGAUAGCAAUGAAGAGGAGACUCCUCCUCCUCUUCGUUAUGUGACCUCCCGGCGGCCAUAUUCGUUUCCACACUUUAGGACGUUUUCGCUCAGACUGAGGCAAAAUAUCCUACACUGUGACAUCACUGAUGAUGUCAUUUCCUCUUUUUAUUUACUAUUAACAUGAGCUUUGUUACCAUGGCGACAGACACGUUUACUGACAACGACAGACGUUAACUAACCCCGCCCCCCUCCCCUGGUGACUGACUUCAGUUCCCAUCAUGCAUCGUGGCCAGACUGAGUCUCCUGAGCCAAUCAGAAGAGGACGACAUGAUGAUGUCAUUGUUUGUUAACUGUCCAAUGACCUCGCUACGUUUUAUUUUAAACUAUUAAUUCACCCACAAACAAACAAACAAAUUUCUAAACUAUAAAAUUGUUAAAAUGUAACUGUAAAAAGGAAAACUGAUCUUAACAAAUAAAAUAAAUAAACAUAAAAAGUAAAUAAACACUGAGCUCUGGUUUUACGCUCACACACUUUUACACUGAAAACAGUUUCCAUGGUAACGCAGACACGUAGACACUCACUGAAGUAAACAAACUAAACUACGCGAUUGUAUUCCGAUCAAAUCCAUGCAUCAGGUGACGUGAUCGUCAGUAGAGACAACGCUGCCCCCUGCUGGUUUAAAAACAAUGCAGAGGUCGUCGUUCAAUUCGUACGUGAGAUCGUAAAGAAAAAAACACUUAGCGACUAUGCUUCAGUUUAGGAGUUACCAGAUGACAAUUAUUCUAGCUAGUUAGCUUUUUUGACACAAAUCCCGUGAUUUAUUAAAAAUGUUUUAAAUUUUAUUUAAUGCUAACAAUUCAGGGUUACCGUGGCUACCAGAUAACGGUAAUGCUAGCUAGGGUUUCUGUCAUGAACAUCCUGCAGUGAUUGCCUACUUAAGUGUAACAAGGGUUAGCAGUUAGCUCCAGGUUAGCAUUUAGCUGCAUGUUAGUAGUUACUUGAAGAUAUUAGCCCUAGCUAGCUAGCUUUUCUGCCAUGUUUACGUCCCUUUAUGAUUUUUAUACUUUUGCUAUUAUGGGUUAUGCUAAUGCUAACUAGAUAACUUUCCCGCCAUGUUUACACGUCCUGCUUCUGUCACAGGAAACUUUUACUUUUACCGCGUAAAAAAUAUUGGUCAUGUCAUGACUGAACUGUUCACGCGUCGCGUUACAGAAGUUACGUAUAUAUCUUUAUUUACACACAGAGCAGAGACGACAUCAGAUCUCAGGGUUUAACCCAGACUUCUGGUUCUGUUGUUACGGUGGUACAUCACCAUGGUAACAGACGCUGCAGUGUAAACGUGUGUGAGGCGUAAACACAGUGACUCUCAGUGUGAUUCUUGUUGUUUUCUUGGCUCUGCGGUGCUGUUCACUCUCUAACAACUGUAGGGAAAAAACCUCCUGGUUGUGUUUGAAUGUAUUUGUAAAUGUUUAGCUAUGUUUUCUAAAGACACACAAACACACACACACACACACACACUGAAGGACAAACUGCCGAGCACUUUGAUUGGAGGAUGAAUGGACCAAUCAGGGUUCAUGGUGACGAUACUGAUCUAACACACGUGUACAUUCACCCGCUCACCUGUGGAAACCUGUGGUGACUGGAUUUAGUUUGUGAAUAAAGUGUUGAAACAUUUCCUCCUCA